AUGCGAUGCGGUGGAACGGAGUGUACGAUGGUUGAGACGUUGAAUUCUAGUCCUGAAGUGUUGCUCCGCAGGAGAAGAAAUGCUGAGAGAACGAAGCUGGAGAAGCAGCAGCUGGCUCGUCAAAGGGACGAGAAGGCCAGGAAGCAGAAGAGGCUGCGCAAGCAGAGGUUCAUAAGAGCAGAGAGUAUGGUGGCCAAGACGUUGGCGACCGAGCGGGAGAAGGAGAGGGUCAAGAGGGUUUCGAAGCUGGCGGUCAAGAAGGCCAGGGGCGAGUUGGACCGUUUGGCUUCCGACAGGGAUUACAUCGUCAAGGUGCGCGAGACGGCAGAUGAGGAUGACGAGCUUGUUAGGGAGAAGUUUGUGUAUGACGGGACUCCGACGUUGCUGUUUGUGGUGCGCGUGAGGGGGCCGGCUGCGGUCAACAUCCCGCACAAGGCUUUCAAGAUCUUGAAGUUGAUGAGACUGGUGACGACGAACACCGGGGUGUUUGUCAGACUCAGUGAAAAAGUUUACCCGCUGCUCAAGAUAAUCGCGCCGUACGUGGUGGUUGGCAGGCCUUCUCUGUCGUCGAUUCGGUCGCUGUUGCAAAAGAGAAGCAGGGUGGUCUACCAGGGAGACGAGGACAGCGAGCCUCGCGAAGUGGCGCUGAACGACAACAAUAUCAUCGAGGAGAAACUGGGCGAGCACGGGAUCAUCUGUGUCGAAGAUAUUGUCCACGAGAUCGCUUCGCUGGGCGACUCGUUCUCGAAAUGCGCUUUCUUCCUGCAACCGUUCGAGCUCAACAGAGAAAUUUCAGGUUUCGGCGCUUUGAACAAACUGAAAAAGAUAAAACAGAGGGAAGAUUCUUUGAAGAUUCGCCAAUUCUCCAACUCUGCGACUGCGCCAGUCAUCGAGAUCGAUAUCGACUCUUUGAUCGCCAAACUGAACUGA